AUGUCAUCUCGGCCUAACCGUCGCAUUGAACGGUCUUGUGCUGUGUGUCAUCGCCGAAAAGUUCGCUGUGACAAGAAAUCACCGUGUUCGCAAUGUAUUCGGAGCAAGUUUGAGUGUUCUUAUCCGUCUUCUAUUACACCGCCUGUGAGAAGGGCUAGGAAGACGACGAUUAAUGAUGUUGCGAGUCGGAUUUCACAGAUGGAAAAGACUAUUGAGUCGUUUCGGGCACAACAGGAUACUGCUUCGCCGCAGUCUACAACACCUUCUGUCGCGUCAACAAACACCCCUGUCAUUUCUGGAAAUGUGACUGCUAGUGAUGCAUUUUCAAAUCAGGCUGUUCCGGGACGUCGAGAGGGUCUUUUGUUGAAUAAAGGAAAAUACAGUCAUUAUGUUAAUGAAGUUCUUCUCUCACGGGUUAUUGAACAGGAAGAUGAUGUACGAACAGCCUUGGCAACGCCAAGAGACGAACUUCCCCACGACGUCAACUCUUCUCCCUUCAACCCCAUGGCCCUCCUAUCUCCCAGUUUCUCAACCGAAUCACUUGCAAGCUAUCAUCCUCCCAGAAAAACAGCUAUCCGGUUAUGGAAAAUCUUUGUCGAUAGUGUCGACGUUUGUACCAAAGUCAGUCAUCUUCCCACUUCGGAAACAAUACUCUACACGGUGACGAGAGACCCUACAAAAGCGUCGAUUGAAAACUUGACCUUUUGUUUUGCUAUUUAUUAUGCUUCUGUCACAGCUUCAACUCCUGAAGAUGUGCUUAAUGAUACGGGUGAGGAUAGAAAGCUAGCACUUCAGCGGUACAAGGUUUGUCUGGAACAAUCACUAGCCCAAGCAGAUUUUCUCAACAACCCUACCAUCACUUUAUUACAAGCUCUUGCAAUAUACACAGCAGCCAUGCGUGUUCACAACAUUAAUUCUGGUCGAGCAGUAUGGAUCAUGAACGGUCUCGCCCUUCGAGCAGCACAAUCAAUCGGUCUUCACAGAGACGGCACCAAACUCGGUCUAUCACCCUUCGAAUCAGAGAUCCGUCGUAGAGUAUGGUGGCACUUCCUCGAACGAGACGGUCGAGGCGCCGAAGACUACGGUCUUCAAAACGCAGGCUCCGGUCACAUGUACAGCGUCGAACUACCACGAAAUCUACACGACAGUGAUAUUUUUCCGGACAUGAAAGAACUUCCUCCUUCAAGGCCAGACUUUACACGAAUGACUCUUCCUUUAUGCAACUGCCAGGCCUCUCGCGCUUGGGCUCAACUAUUUCAAAUGAGUUGUUCUCCGGACGGUUUACCGAGUGAAGAAGUAAGGAAACAAGUCAUAAAAGAAUCAAUGGAUAAAGUGGAAGGGAUUCUUCAAAGCUGUAAUCCGAUUAUUCCCGAACAACGAAUGCAACUGCGCAUCUCACGUUUAAUCCUUCGCAAAGUUGACCUCGUCUCUCGUCGCCAAUGGCAAACUCUCCGCCAAUCAGACGACAACGAAUGUCUCGCCACAGAAGCCGACGUCUCUGAAGCAGUUGAUCUUCUCGAACUCGCCAACGACAUGUGGCGUGAUGAAGACAUGGUUGCUUACCGAUGGAUAGCCAGAGCGUUUCCACAAUACCACGUGAUGUUGUAUAUUCUACGACACUUGUGCGUAAGGCCAGGAGGACCGCUUGCGAGUAGGGCUUUUGCGGCUGUUGAUAUGCAUUUGGAAAGUUUUAGACAGAGUGGGAGUGGGCCGUUGAAUGGGUUGAAGUGGACUGUUCUUACGACGCUGAGGGAUAGGGCUUUGGCGAGGGUUGAGAGGGAGAGGGAGGUUGAGCAGGUUGAGGGUGGGGGGUUGCAGGAUGGGGAUCUUGCUAUGUUGGAUUGGACGACGAUAUUGGAGGAGUUUCAGAUGGAUGUGGAAGAUUUUUCAUUGAUUUUCUGA